GCUCCUCAGGUGGGGCGGGUCUUACUGCGAGGCCCGUCUCCGCUCGGGGCCGAGCUUUGCAGCAGGUCAGGUGGGGGCGGGGCUUGCUGCUGGGCGGGGCCUGCUGCAGCCCCCCAGCCAGGAUUCGGGUUCCCGGCCCAGGGUGCCUGCGUCCCCCAUGGGGCUGUGCUUCCCUUGUCCCGCGGAGUCCGCACCGCCAUCCCCGAGCCCGGAAGAGAAAAGAGCAAAGCUGGCAGAGGCAGCAGAAAGAAGGCAAAAGGAGGCGGCAUCUCGGGGAAUUUUGGAUAUCCAGUCGGUGGAGGCAAAGAAAAAGAAGAAAGAACAAUUAGAAAAGCAGAUGGAAACAUCAGGGCCACCAGCAGGGGGACUUAGAUGGACAGUGUCAUGAAGCAUAUUCUACCUGGGGGAGAAUCCUGCCACCAACUCCAGCAUCUGCCGCCGAUGGAUUUCAGCUGAUGCCUCCUCUUUACAAAGAGUCAGACUGUAUCAUUAGUGCCCUUUAGUGUGAUCCUAAAACUAAAUAUACUAAAUAUACAAAGAUAUUGGUAAUAUUUUUAUUUCCAAACUUACUAAAUAGCCCACUUUUCAUUCUAUUCAACUUUGCCUACAUCUAUUUUCUCUUUCGCAGGAAGUAACUUUGCAGUUUUUGUAGUUAAAAUAUGGAUCCAAAAGGUAUACAUGCAUGGCGUGUCGUGGUCCUACAUUUAACCCCAGUGUUGAGUAUGCUCCCAUACCUCUGCUUUAUAAGUAGCCCUGCUCCCUAGAGUCAUGUGGUACAGCCUGAGGUCUCUCUCUCACUAGACAGGAAGACUUCAGCUCCCAGAUUUAGUGCCUUUAAGCUGAUUGAUCAUCAGGGAAAAUCCUGAAGAUGCAUUUGAAGGACUUCAGGCAAAGGAAGUUUUAUUUUUAUAACCCACUAAGAAAUGAAUAUUUGUAGGCAAAUGUUGACUCUGCUAAUUUAUUUUCUGUACCUAAGGCAUAUCACAUUAAACAUGUCAGGAGGACGUCAGCUCAGUCCUAGACGCAUGAAAGUCUGUGUAGUGAAGGGAUGAGGCCAACCGUGAAUGAGGUUGAAAAUGAUGAGGGAUACUUUAUCUGUCCAAAUUUCCCAAGCAUUUUUAUUCUUCUGUAUUUAUUAAAGAAUCAUUGUAAGAUCUAUACAGACAUGGUGUUACCAAUAAAAGUAUGAAAGAGAAAUAUGUAAGGCCUGUACUUGGAAAGUACAAGCCUGUCAAAGUAUGGAAGUAUCAGGAGGUAACUUGAUGUGGGAGUCAGACCAGAGGUGUGCGGAUCUCCAUUAAUUACAAUUGAUUUAUGACGUUGUGACUUGUUUUCUUCUUACUGUGUAAUAAGGCAAGAUGUAAGUGUGCGAGGCGGCUGCUACGGUUGCCAAGACAUUCAGUGCCAACAUCUGGUCCCUGCCUUAGAAUUUGUAGAUUCUAGCCAGUCAAGAACCUCAGUGAACUAGGCCCAGUCACAGCCUUAAAGAGAAGCUGAGCGGGUGGCUCCUCUUCCCUCUCACAGGUAUCCGACAGGGUGCCACACAUGUUCUUUUGAAAGAAUCGGAGCUAUAAUAUAGGUCUCACAAUGACUGGAGUAUUACUUUCCUGUCAUUCAGAAUGUUUCCUGAAUAGCUAGGCAAGACAGAAUUGCAUCAGCUCGGUUUUCCUCAUAAAUGACAGUGACAGCAUCAUCAUCAGUAAGUUGACGAUUGGACGUAAUUUUUGAGAGGAUUGAAGUAAUUUAAAGUAUAGAAGUAAUUUUUAGCUCAUUUUCAUAAGUAAUAUUUUUGACAUAGGAAGGCUGUCUCAGCUGAAUGGGAAGAGGGGCAGCACACAGCAGCCUUCAUCGGAAGCCUUCCUCCUGUUAGCACCGACAUCACAUUCUCUUCCCUUUGUCUAAGAACGUGGCUUAUGCAAAGAGAAGGCUUGGUUCAGUGGCUGGUGCUGCAUUUAUUACCUAAUGGCAUGCUUCCCUACUCUGGAGGACAAGUGACAUACAGGUUUACUCCUUGCUUGGGAUAACUAGAAUACACUGCUUCUGGCAGCUGCUGGCUGGCUGCCUCUGCUGUUCCGAGGCCAUGUGUAUGUCUGUGGCCCACCGCACAGAUAUGAUAAUGUGCUCAGACUUCCCCCAAGGCUAGACAUAUCACAGGGACUAAAUGGUGACUUGAAUCUCAUUAAUGUGAGUGAAAAGAGGAAACAGGAUGCUUGAUAAGAAACUAGGAAAUGGCUAUUAGAAAUCAUAUACAUCUAAACAAUUUGCUUAUGUUAUGGAUAGUAAUGUAGAGGUGAGUUUUCUAUUAUUUAAGGUGUAAAUAACAAAACAUAACAUUGAAUGUAGCUUCCAAAUGUUAUGGCCAAGUUGCUAAAACCUAAGAAAAACUAUCAGAUGCAAAAUGGUAACCAAUGUAUGCAAGCUUCAGUCUUAAUCGUAAUUCUGAGACUGAUAUAGCUGAUGAUAAAAGAGUUACAUAUAUCAUUACAGAAGGUCUCUGUGACUGCUUGCAUGUUUCAGAAACAUCUGUAAAUAGAUCUUUUAUCUAGUUUGUGUUAUGAUUAUAUCUAGAAUGUGAUUUAUUAGUUUUCUAAUAUAUUUUGAGCCCAAUAUUAUGUAUUCUGCAUUGUCUUUGAGUAUAUGAGCAUACAUAUACCUUCCUAUAUAAAAGUUCCCUUUGGCCAUGUCUUUAAGUAAAAUGUUUCUACUCCAUCUUAAAGAAAUUGUGAGCUGUCUUCACAGUUAGGGACACAUCCAUUCUCGGGUUAGUAAUGGAAAGCUAACGAAUGACUGCUGGAGGAGCCAUGUUGCUCAUCCUGUAGAGAAGAAAUGUUAUUAUGUUGUUAUUACUCUUGCUUUUAGAUGAAAAAGGAAAGAGCUGUAAAGGGGCUCUGCACAUCAUCCCUAGAACCAUGAAAAUUUGACAUAAAACUUGAAUUUGUUUACCCAGAAAUUUCGCUUAUUUUCACUGUUAAGAAUUAUACUGUGUCCUUGGAAGAUGAAAAUAUACCUUGUCAAUUUUGAAUAAAGUGUAUAAUUUAACGUAUUGGCAA